AAAUACCUCAGCAAGAAAGUAAUUUUUCCACCUUGCAGUAUCAGGGUAAAGACAGUGAGUGCCAAAGAAGUUUCACGACAGAUGCUUGGUAAGAAAGAACUGUGGGAAGCUUGCUGGUAGCUCUUUGAUGCUGUGUGCGAAAUAUGGACCUUCAUGAAAACUGGAAACUGGAUGGAAUCAACUGGCUGGCUCAUGAUGGGACUCUUCCCUUUGCCAGUGCAAAAGGAGGCAAUGAGGUUUCUGAAGGUACUCCAAUUCUGUUCAGUCUGGAUCAGUUGGGCCCCCCUUGUGUCUGUUACAAACCCAGUAGCCCUGCCCAGAUACUGGAAGACACUGGGUUUCUUUACCAGGACCAUCCACUCUUCUCCAGCAGGCAUGAUAUUUCCCCGUUAACAGCAGAAGCAAUUGGUAGUGUCAAAGCUGUUGAGGACCCUGUAUGCACGUUGCAUCCCCCAAACUUCCUCAGGAUCUCAGAGGUGGAAAUGAGAGGUUCAGAGGAUGUUGCAGCUGGAACAGUAUUACAGCGGUUGAUCCAGGAGCAGCUGAGGUAUGGCAACCCAAAUGAGAACAUGAAUCUGCUGGCAAUUCAGCACCAGGCCACAGGAAGCGUAGGACCAUCCAACAGCACAACAAGCACUCUUUCUUCCACGGAAAACCUCACACAAGAAGACCCACAAAUGGUCCACCAGUCAGCUCGCCAGGAACCUCAGGGGCAAGAACAUCAGGUGGACAAUACUGUGAUGGAGAAGCAGUCUAGGGCCACUGUUCAGCCUCAGCAGAACAAUGAGGAACUACCAACCUAUGAAGAGGCUAAGGCUCAGUCCCAGUUUUUUCGGGGCCAGCAGCCCGGUGCUGUUGGGCCCAGUUUUUAUGUUGGUGGAGUGUCCAGUCAGAAAUCCAGAACAGAAGGGAGACCAACUGUGAACCGGGCCAACAGUGGGCAAGCACAUAAAGAUGAGGCGCUUAAAGAGCUAAAGCAGGGCCAUGUCCGCUCUCUAAGUGAGAGGAUCAUGCAGUUAUCAUUGGAGAGGAAUGGUGCUAAACAACAUCCCCCUACCUCAGGGAAUAACAAAGGGUUCAAAACUGGUGGACUGCCACCUGCUCAGCCUUCUGGCAAAGGAACGGACCCGCGAGGUCCGCCACCUGAAUAUCCCUACAAAGCCAAGCAGGUGGUGUCUCCAGUCAGCAAGACUCAGGAACAUGGGCUGUUUUAUAAUGACCAACACUCUGGGAUGAUGCAAGAUAUUCUCAAACCCUCCUACCCUGCUCCACAGCCAGCGAGAACAGAAGUAGCAGUUGUCAGAUACCAGCCUCCCCCGGAGUAUGGUGUAACAAGCCGACAAUGUCAAGCACCGUUUCCACCUGUGCCGGCACAACAGCACAGCCCAAUGUCCUCCCAGGCAUCUUCCGUGACCGGCCCACUGCAUUCAGCCUCCCUGACUCCACUCUCCGCAGCCGGAGCUGUGCAGCUUCCAUCUGCAACACCGCCCAGCCAGCAGCUCACACCCGAUGCAUUUGCCAUUGUGGAACGUGCACAGCAAAUGGUGGAGAUGCUAUCAGAGGAGAACCAUGUUCUACGGCAGGAGCUGGAAGGAUACUAUGAGAAGGCAGACAAACUCCAGAAGUUUGAAAUAGAAAUUCAAAGGAUUUCAGAAGCCUAUGAGGGCCUGGUCAAGACCACGACUAAGAGAGAGUCUCUGGACAAGGCUAUGAGAAACAAGCUCGAAGGAGAAAUUAGGAGACUUCAUGAUUUCAACAGGGAUCUCCGUGAACGACUUGAGACUGCCAAUAGGCAGCUAGCCAGCAGAGAAUUUGAUGGGCAUGAAGAUAAGGCAACAGAGGGCCUUUAUGCCUUUCAGAACAAAGAACACUUGAAGGAGAAGGAGAAGCUGGAAAUGGAAUUGGUGACCCUGCGUUCUGCCAAUGACGAUCAGCGGAGGCACAUUGAAAUCCUGGAUCAGGCACUGAACAAUGCUCAAGCCAAGGUCAUCAAACUGGAAGAGGAGCUGCGCAAGAAGCAAGCCUACGUGGAAAAGGUUGAGAAGCUGCAGCAGGCUCUAACCCAGCUGCAGGCAGCAUGUGAGAAACGGGAGCAGAUGGAGCGGCGAUUGCGCACACGCCUGGAGAGGGAGCUUGAUUCGCUGAGAAUGCAGCAGAAACAUGGGAACUACCAGCCAGCCAGCCUGCCAGAGCAUAAUGCCCCAGCACUGAUGGAGUUGGUUCGGGAAAAGGAGGAGAGGAUUCUGGCUCUGGAAGCUGACAUGACUAAAUGGGAGCAGAAGUAUCUGGAGGAAAGCACAAUCCGGCACUUUGCUAUGAAUGCUGCAGCCACAGCUACGACAGAGAGGGAUACCUCAGUCAUGAACCACUCACGGAAUGGCAGCUACAGUGAGAGCUCCCUGGAGGUGCGGAUAUGGCAGGAGGAGGAGGAGAUUGUGCAAGCCAACCGGCGGUGUCAGGACAUGGAAUACACGAUAAAGAAUCUCCAUGCAAAAAUCAUUGAAAAAGAUGCCAUGAUCAAGGUCCUUCAGCAGCGUUCACGAAAGGAUCCUGGGAAGACUGACACUGCAAGCUUACGGCCUGCUCGAUCGGUCCCAUCCAUCGCUGCAGCAACAGGGGCACAUUCCCGCCAGACCUCUCUCAGCAGCAACCAGAUUGCUGAAGAGAAGAAGGAAGAGAAGACUUGGAAAGGUAGCAUAGGGUUGCUUUUAGGGAAGGAUCAUCAUGACCAUUCAUCAGUCCCAGCUAUGCCACCUCCCCUUCCCUCUCUGUCAUGUGCAACUGCAUCAUUACCGGUGAGCGCCUCCCAUGCUAAAACAGGAAGCAAAGACAGCAGCACUCAGACGGACAAAAGCUCAGAGCUUUUUUGGCCAAACACUGCCUCUUUCCCAGGCAGGGGAAGGUUAAGCACCACCCCGUCCAACAGUCCUGCCCUGAGGCACACCGGGGCCAAGGGCACUGGAGAAAAAGUGGAGAACACCCCCAGCCAUGGGAAGCCACUUGAUAACAAAACCCGAGUAAGCAGUUUGAUCAACAAGCCUGAGUUUCCUGACACAGAUAUGAUGGAAGUCCUUAUCUGAGGAGACGUAACUUCCUUAGCGCUUGUACAGCUCCAUUCAAGUCAAAGGAGGCCGUUGUGCAAAUCUUAAAACUAGGUAUACGAGUUUGAAAAAAGAUGAAGAAAGUUUGGAUCUGGAAGGAGCCUAGGGUUUGGAGUGAUUUUGACUUGGAACCAGAGAGGGAGAAAAGAGUUGUGAACAUGGGAUCGUGGAUAAUGAAAAUGAACAUGAAUGGCUGGGAUAUUCUAACAACAAAAGAGCACUGGUUAUGACAUGUGGAUCGAGAAUGAGAAGGUGAAGGAAAAAGGAAACUGCAUUUUCUAAUGUAAAGAACAAGUAUCUUUAAUAUUUAUAGUGGAUGCAUACACGAUGUUCCAAAUGCUGUUCUGUUUUACUGUUUAGCUACAACCAAGACUGAGGGUGAAAUCCUGGCUCUUUAAAAGUCAGUGGGAGUCUGUGAAUUGUCCAGCAGAAGUUUACACUCUUCUGAGACUUAGUCAUUAUCCAAAAUUGUUCACCAAAUAGUCGUAGUGAAUAAAACCUUGACUGUAGAUCAUGCACUACCCAGCUAUUAUCAGUAUUUGUUUCAAGCCAUGUUGGUUUAUUUUGAUUGGACAUACAGGUCAUGUGUUUGUUUCCUCAGUGUAAGUCUUGGGAUCAGGUUUACAGUGCAAUCCUUUGUGUUUUUUAGAUUCAAGACUUGCCUAGAAUGCUCUCUUGCCAAGAGCAGUCCUUCACUAGAAUUUUCUUGCAGGUGAGGAUUAAAGAGGCACAAAUUCCAGCAGAGCAAUCUGUAGUACUCUUACGAGAAAUGUUUCUUAAAAAAAAUGAGGAGAGCUCACUCAUCUCUAACACACACACACAUUCACUGUGUUUAGAAGCAAAUAAUACGAAAAGUGCUAGAAGCUUUUACUCAGGAUGUAGUUGGAGUCAGUGGCUGCACAGAAUGUGG